UGGCUAGGAAUGCAUGAUAGGAUAGUCUGGCAUGCAUGCGUGUCCAGUAGUGGAAUAGUUUGUAACUUGAUUCAGCUCUGUGUGGACUUGGAUAUCGCAUCACAUGUUAAGUGGGGGCUAUACACCAUUUAUCCUUUGAACAUGUUUAUAUAAUCAAUAGUGGUGUACAGUGUCAGUCUCAUAAUUCAUAUACAAUGCGUCUGGGUCCGAUUCUGAAUACUCGCGUUAUUGCCGUUGGGAUUGCAAAUACAACACUCCAGUGGUCGUUUAUUUGUGUAUUAUAUUCUAGUUUCUUGUUUGUAGUUGUCGCCAUAUUAAAGGUUUUGUCUUUGGCUGUGGUGUUUUACAUCAUUAUAAAGUUGACGAUGGUGGACAUUCUCAUUUAGACCUCUGAUUAGCUGUGCUGUAACGAUAGCAACGUGGGAUUGUGAUUAUAUUAUUCCCAAGAUGGAUGGUGACCUGCCUCAUCAACACUGCGACCAAUGCUUCAAGCUCAAGUGCACAGCUCGCUUGUGGCCCCCAGAUGGUUGUGCUAUGACCGACUGUGAAUACGACUGUGGUGCUCGCUUCCAUACCUGCAAAAAGAAGGAGCACUCGUUGCUCUGUCGGAAUGAACGCGUCAGUUGUUUGAAUUGUGAAAACGGGUGUCCGUUAGUGUUUCCAAGAUGGCAACUUGGCAUUCAUCUGCAGACAUGUCCAGCGAGUGUGAUGGUUUGUACGAUGGAGUGGAAUAGAUGGCCGGUGUAUUCCCGAGAGCGCCAGGCCAAGUUGCCGUUCACUCAACAUCAGAUGCAUUUGAGAUACGGACAGUUAGAUGUAGCGUUGGCUAUGAGGGAUCAAAGAAUGUUGAACGAAUCAAUGAAAGCACCAAGACACACCCGGCGAACAUUACGCAAUAAUCUCACACGCCGAUUCCCUGCAGUUCCUAUUGUGUAUCAUAGAGGGCAUACUGCUGAACAUGACACAGAAACAGGGACGUCUGCUGAAACGUCACGAACGGUAUCUGACGAUGAGUGUGAUGCACCCUGGGAAAGAGCCAAAAUGCCACCGGGUUUGCAAAAAAGUAUGUGUCGUAAACUGUAUAGUGCCACUAAACAGGCUACUGACAGCCUAUCAGACGCAUUAGACGCUGCUAUUGAUGGACCUAGUGAUGGCAUGUUGUCAAAUAUUUCUGAAACAAAUGAUGUUCAAAAUGCAGAAAACGGGAAUGACCUAUUUCAGUAUCAAGUCGAUGUAGAAGAGGAACAGGAAAUAACGGCCGAUUCUUAUGAUGUGAACGGCGAUAUUACCCAUGAUUCAAACAGAGUUGAUGGUGAAAUGAUGACAGUCGUGGAUGUGGACACACUUGAGAAUAGAAACUCCUUGUCAAUGAGUCCACUCCCCGUGGAUCAUAGUCACGCUGCUCAGACAGAACCUGACCAUUCUAUCGCCCCUCAUAUCCCAACACCUCCGCAUCUUGGCCACUUUCUGAACUACGAACUGCUCGGCCUCGAUCUGAACGUGGAAUCAAUCACACGAUACCAAGCCAAACCAAGCUCCAUGUACACGUUCCUGUGUCUUCAAGAGUUCCGUCGUGACGAAUAUCCAAACCAUUUCUGUAAUGUUCACGGGAGUAUUCAAUGUGGUCUCAACGGUUGGAUGGAACAGCGCUGCCCUCUAUCUCAGUAUGGCUGCACUCACUCAAUCAAGCGUUUCUAUCCGAAGCCUGAUGGCUGCAUCACACACAGCAGUCUCUUAGAAAGCUUUGGUCUGCGAACAAACGUUGCCAUGGCAAUCAAUCAAAGUCAUGAACGCUACAAAUCUCCAAGUCUAGAGAGCUUUGGAUCACGGGAAAGGACUCCUGACAUUUUCCAUUCUCGGAGCCCUUCAAAGUCAAAAGAAUCAACUCCCGAGAUCUUUAUAUCUCAGAAGUACAACGCAGGUGUGAUUGUGAACAAGAAGAAGAGCCACGUUGUCUCCCCGAACGACCACAAGUUGUUGACUUCGUCCUUGACCAGUCUUCCAUUUGAGGUACUCCGAUACAUCGGCAGUUUUCUCGACGGCUUCAGCCUCAACAACCUCUCACUGACCUGCCACCUAUUGAGAGACGUGUGUAGCAGUAUGUUGGAAGAGAGGGGCAUCGUGACCCAGCAAUGGGAGAGGGUGAAAGAGGAGGGGUGCUCCAAGUGGGUGGUUGGCUUUCAGCGUUGGACAUUCAGCGUGUGUUUCUCACCGGUUCACGAUUGGGGCUUCACUGACCAUGAACCUCUCGGUGAACACCUCAAGACCUGCCAGUUCAACAAACGCAAUACAAAAACCGAGCCGUAUCAAUUUCCCAUGGGCUGUGAUAUUCUCCGAGACGAGAUCGUCCAGAAGUUGUACAGGAGUGCUGGGCUGGAAUGGGAACCUGAACUAACAGAGGGCAAGGAGGUGGAAUCAACAUGUUCUCAGUCUGGGUCAGGCGAUAGACUGAUAUGUGUCGCAGCAGAGGACAGAGGCAGUGUGACUCCACCUCCUGAUCAGAUACAACAGGGUUGUUCCGAGGACGAGCGCAGGAAGACUGCCGAUUUGAACCAAGCAAUGCCUGUUGAUGCUGCUACACUUGUUUCCUGAUCUGACCAAUAGACUUCAAUAAGAGUCACAAAUGAUCACCAUAUCCGGCAAGAAAUCAUUAGAACUAUUUGCGUACAUCCCUGUUGACCCAUUUAUGCACUUUGGCACUGAACUGCCCUGGCAAAAAUAACUUCACUAAAAACAUAUCUUCACCAAACAAUAUGGUAGAUAGUUAGCUUGAAAUUAAGACGAGGGAGAGACUGAAUUAUUGUCAUGUUCAUAAGCAUGUUUAGUGUCAUUUUGGAUAUUCUUUUUUAAAGGUUUGUUCUUCUUUUAACGGUAGGACAUCAACGGAAAGGAAGCCAACGAACACUUACGUUUUUCAUUUGGUCCGAUUUGUGAUUGAUUUGGUGCGAGAUUCUGACAAGAUAGCUGUUGUGAUAGGUCGUAUUUAUUCUCUGGUAUAUUUAUUAAUGUCUCAUCUUAUCUACAUUUUCAUUUUGCCAAACUGUUCUCAAGUCAUAAUAAUAUG